CUGGAAGAAAGGUAUAGUUUCUCUGCUGUUGCGUGUGAUCCUUCCGGGGUGACACUGCUCCUUUCUGUGACCGGCAGUUCUGCUGCUGUAGUUUACCUUACCGUGCUUUAUGAUUGCGCUAAGGUAAUAACACGAGGCAAAAGAUUCAGAGUUACCUGAGAGGGGCGUGGUGACCGAACCGGCUCACGCCAUAAAGCAGCAUUAGGGUAUCGUGCUGUAUCCUGGUAAACAUUAGUCUCUAGCAAUGCCUUUGCCACAGCCGGCCAGCCUGCGUGACCGCACUCCUGAGUUCCUUGCUAUCGCGGAGCGCCUGCAACGGCAACCUGGCUUUUCACCAGCGAGUACUUCUGGCACUGCUAGUAAUGGAACUGGGCCUGGAGGGCAGGCAAGCACCUCAGGAAAUAAGACUGCACACGGCAGUGAGUUCGCCCGUCGCGCAGCAGAUAUUGGGCAUGGUAUACAUCGGACAUCGCUGAAACUUCAGAAAUUGGCUCAGCUAGCCAAACGAACGUCGGCUUUCGAUGAUCCAGCCCAGGAGGUGGAUGACCUGACCGGAGUCAUCAAGCAGGACAUCCAGGGGCUAAACAACGCAAUCGCGGACCUGCAGCGGUUGUCCACCCGCGGCCGCGGGGACGACCGUUCAAACAAACAAGUUGCUGAUCACAGCCACACCGUCGUGGACAACUUGCGCUCCCGGCUCAAGGACACCACCGCCACCUUCCGCGACGUCCUCACAGCCCGGACGGAUUCUCUAAAGCACCACCGGGAGCGCCGUCAGCUCUUCACCUCGAACACAGACCCAGAAGCCGUGUUGCCGUUGCUUGCCCGCCAGCGCACUGCCACCACAUCCACGUCCCCGGCCCCGGCCCCGGCGAUGCCUCUAUCCCCGGCCCCAGCGGUCGGCAGCUCCAUUGCCUCCACCGCCGCAGCCACCCCCAGCUUUCUGGCCGCGUCUCCAGCUACCCAGAUGGCGCAGCAACAACAGCAGAUGCAGAUGCUUGCGCCACAGGACACGUACCUGAGCAGCCGCGCGGAGGCUCUGCGGAAUGUGGAGAACACUAUCGUGGAGCUGGGGACCAUCUUCAACAAGCUUAGCGAGCUGGUCGCUGAGCAAGGGGAGCUUGCAAUCCGCAUUGAUGAGAAUGUGGAGGACACGCUGUCGAAUGUUAAUGCGGCGCAGGCACAGCUUCUUAAGUACUUGAACGGCCUUCAAAGCAACCGCUGGUUGGUACUCAAGGUGCUGGGCGUGCUGCUCGUGUUUCUGGUGCUGUUCGUCAUGUUCAUUGCAUAGCUUAUGUUGGCGCGGUGGUACUAUCUUUGUUGCUGGAUAAUGAGGGGGGCGAUGGUGGGCUCGCAGGGGAGGGAGGACGACUCACUGUCUGGGAGGGCGCCUGGAGUUGUUAGAUGGGGCAGGGGUCAAGUUCGCGUUAGGAGCUUGAUGCUGAUGCACCGAACCAAUUGGGUGGUCCUGUCAGCCGUGAGGGGUUCAGCCCCAAGCUGAUCCAGGCAUCCGAAUACGGCGCGCGCAAGGCACAUUGGGAAGGGGAAAGAGAGACAUAGCAUGAGUAUUUUGCUGCGUGGUCGUGGCUGUGGUGUGCGGACGGGUAGAUUGCUGGGGUUGUGGGUUGGUAACUGCGGAUGUAUGCCGUACACGGCAAUUGCGGAGCAGCCAGGUUGACCGACCUGGGGGUACUUGCACGCUUGUCAGUUGGGCUCGGUAAGGCCAAGAGCCCGGCAGCUGCUGCACGUGUUGUGGCGUUCAUGCGCGUCCUCAGGGCUUUCUGCAAUGUGAUGUUCUGUGCAUGCCGUGCGAAAUAGCCGUCUUCUGAUUGCUGGCUAACACGGUUUGCUCCGGUGUGCUAUGAUGCCGUACGCGUGUUUGGUGAGUGCUGCCGCGUCCGUGGUCGUGAUCGCGAGCGGCAUGGCAUGGACUUGAUUCCCCAACGUUACCCAGACAGCAGUGACCCACGGGUCGCAACUCCCCUGUGAGGGCACGCGGUACUGGCUUGUUAUGCAUGCUGAACCAAGCGAGCGUUAUGGGAGGUGGCAAGCGCUUGAAGCGUGCACCGUUCAUCCGGGUUAUGGGGUGCUGCUGACGUUUACAUGCUGCCGAGGGGCAGGCGGCCCUAGGGUAUUAGAUGGUUACGGAAGCUAGGUACGGACCGGGGCGCAGAUUUGCGCUGUGAGGUUAUUAAGGGUGUCGUCGGACGUCGUGUUGCGGUUCGAAGGGCGAUAGCGCCCCGGCAAGCUGGACACGCUGUUUAGAAGCAGCGGGAUGUGCUCCCUAGCAGCGACAGCAGCAGCGGUGGUAAUUGCAGCUACGAUGUGUACAUCCGGAACUGCCUUCACCAGUGUCUCCGUGUAUGCACGCAGGCAAGGCGAAAUUGCGAUACUGCAUGUGAAUCGGAACCUGAAGUUCUGCGCCUUGUGCCCCACUGUUUCAAACGACCCAAAACAAAGGAUCCAAACAGUCCUUUGCUGGGGGAUCUGCCAAGCUGUGGGGCAGGCCGCCUGGGCACAUCUGGUAGCUGUCUGCAAGCCCCGUGUAGGACAGCUAAAGUGCGAAUGAAAAACCGACCUCGU